CGUUCCCGCACCUCCUCCUCCACACCAGUCCAUCAUCUAGGGUUUGCGAGCGAGGGCCUCGUUGGGGGCUCCCGGCGGGAGGGGUUGAGAUGGCAGCGGAUCGGGUGACCGGGACGGUGAAGUGGUUCAACGGGACCAAGGGGUACGGCUUCAUCACCCCCGACGACGGCGGUGAGGACCUCUUCGUCCACCAGUCCUCCAUCAAGGCCGUCGGCUACCCCAACGUCAACGAGGGCGACACCGUCGAGUUCACCGUCGGCGCCGACAGCAACGGCCGCGCAAAAGCCCUCGACGUCUCCAAGCCCGGCGGGGAGCGCCCCGACGGUGGGUACGGCGGGCGCGGCGGCGGCUACGGCGGAGGAGGUGGCGACGACCGCGGCUACGGCGGAGGGGGUGGCGGCGACCGCGGCUACGGCGGAGGAGGUGGCGGCGACCGCGGCUACGGCGGGGGUGGUGGCGGCGACCGCGGCUACGGCGGAGGCGGCGGCUACGGAGGAGGCGGCGACCGCGGCUACGGGGGAGGAGGCGGUUACGGCGGCGGUGGAGGAGGCCGGGGCUGCUUCAAGUGCGGCGAGGAGGGACACAUGGCUCGCGACUGCUCCCAGAACAACGGUGGCGGCGGAGGCGGCUACGGUGGGGGCGGAGGCGGCCGCGGCUGCUACACGUGCGGACAGGAGGGCCAUAUGGCCAGGGACUGCUCCCAGAACGGCGGCGGCGGCCGUGGCUGCUACAACUGCGGCCAGGAUGGACACAUCGCCCGCGAGUGCCCCAAUAGGAACUAGGUGCGGCGUCUCGUCGUCGGAUCCGGUUCGAGUCCCACCUCGCUCUCGCGUGAAGCCAUAGCCUCCAUCUAUCUAUCUACUAGUGGAUGGUUUGGAUCUGUCUCAACAUAUCUCGAGUAGUAGUAAUGUUUCUGUUUGCGUCAACUGUAAGGCAGCCAUGAUCGUGGAUGGCACUGCCCGAUCUAUCUAUCUUAUCUACCAAUGGAAUGGAAUGCAGGAUUACGUUAUCGAACUCAA